AUGGAUGUACGGCGCAAGCUGUGUCAGCGGCGCGGGCACAAGGAUAGGGAUUGCCCCUCACGUACCGGGCUCGAAAAUGCCCAGAAUCCCUCCGCUCAGGGGAACCGAUCCCCCCAGCAGCGACGCCGAAAGGAAGGCAUGAACGCCAAGGAUCGCCGCAGAGUGCGCAGGCAGCAGGAGCGACAGCAGCAGCAGCAGCGGCAGCUGGGGGAAAUGCGAGAGGAGAUUGAGGAGCUGCGUGAUGUGGCCCGGCAGCUCUACUUGGAGCUGCUGGAUGUCCGCCUCCAGCAAAGCCGGCGGCCUGUCGAGGAGGGUGAGGAUGGAGACGACGAUGGAGAACAGUAUCCAUGA